CGAACGCUGCCGAUCUGAGGCGACACUACACCAACAAAUUGGUAAAUGACUCCACUCGAACGCGUAUCCGUUCAAUCUACUUAAGACAAGAAGAUUCUCCAGUCUGCCGUCUAACUUGGGGCACACUGGUAUCCUAAAUUACAUGGAAAUAGCGAAAACAGUAGAAACUAUGGAACUCACGAGGCAUUAAAAUUGAUCAACAAAUGCUAACCCUUAUUAACCGACAAUAUGAGAAAGAACAAACUCCGAACACAUAAAUCUCCAUAAGUCAGCUUAAUUUUGAGCAAGAAAAUGAACGGGUUAACGGUCGGAGCUGAAAAAGCUCCCGGAGAAAUCAAGGAAGAGAAGAAGAGGAUAAGUGUUAAAGAAAAGUUGAUGCAAAUAAGGGCCAACAUAACAGUGGAACCGAUUAUCGCGUGCUACAUUAUGUCCAAUGUGUUUUCUGGGUUGGCCGUUCAGAACUUAAAUUUGGAGAAAGCUUGUAGAGUGAAUUUAGGGUACAGUGAUGAAGUUUGUUCAGCGCUGAACAGACGGCAGACUGAGAACUUCACGGUGGAAGAAUCGGAGGUGCAAAAACUGACAGCGUCUGUGCAGGCGUGGAAGAACAUCGUGCAGACAGCUUUCCCUUGUAUAUUAGUACUGUUCGUAGGUUCCUGGAGUGACAAGACGGGGAAAAGGAAAGCGUGCAUACUCCUGCCGAUCGUCGGUGAGGUGUUGUGUUGCACGAGUUUUAUUUUGAAUACAUACUUCUUCUACGAAUUACCGCUGGAAAUCACGGCUCUCUCCGACUUGUUUCCUUCAUUAACCGGAGGAUGGAUAACUGUUUGCGUUGGUGUAUUCAGCUAUAUCGGUGACGUGACCACAAAAGAAAUGAGGACAUUUAGGGUGGGAGUGGCUAAUUUAUGUAUGUCUUUGGGGAUUCCCUUGGGAAUGUCGCUGAGUGGCAUCCUACUUCAGCAGAUUGGAUAUUACGGGAUCUUUUUCAUAUCCAACUGUUUAUAUUUCACCAGUUUGAUUUAUGGAUACAUACGGCUGAAGGACCCGAUUAUUUCCGAAGAUAGACAGCGAGAGCAGCCGGUGGGGUGCCGCGGCUGGGUGUGCUCGUUCUUCGACGCGCGCCACGUGCGCGAGACGCUCACCGUGGCGUUCCGCAGUGGACCGCGUCGCCGCCGCCUGCGCGUGUCGCUGCUCAUCGUCGUCGUCUGCGUCAUAUUCGGCCCUCUACAUGGAGAAAUGAACGUUCUGUAUUUGUUCAUGAGGUACCGGUUCAACUGGGACGAGGUUCAGUUCAGCAUGUUUUGUACAUAUAGCAUUAUCACUAAUUUAGUGGGGACGCUGUUCUCCAUCAGCAUCUUCAGCGACUUCAUGAAGCUGGACGACACGGUGGUGGGGAUCAUCUCCUGCACCAGCAAGAUCCUCGCCUCCUUCAUAUUCGCUUUCGCAACCACCACUACUGAGAUUUACAUCGCCCCGCUGGUGGAAAUCUUCAACGGCACAUCCUUCAUAGCGAUGCGCUCCAUUGCGUCCAAGUUGGUGACCAGCGAGGAGUUGGGUAAAGUGAACUCUCUGUUCGGCCUGGCGGAGGCCAUGAUGCCGCUGGUGUACGGCCCGCUGUACUCCCGGGUGUACAUGGCGACGCUGAACGUGCUGCCCGGCGCCGUGUUCCUGCUGGGGGCGGCCAUGACGGUCCCGGCGGUGGCCAUUUUUGGAUGGAUGUAUUUCGAGCAGCAAGAAGAUAACAAACAGGUGGAAGAGAUGGAAAACGUAAAUAAAGACGUUUAGUGACCCUUAUCAUAAUCUUACAAGUAAUUUAAAGUGGCUAAAAUUGGAUUAAACAAUAAAAUUUG